AUGAAAAGAAUUAUAUCGACCAGUGUCCGGAUACGCCUCGUUCUUCAAACCAAACGGGAGGCAGUUCCGCUCUAUGCAAUCCACACAGAUCCGAGCAGCGGUUUCUUCGGCUGUUUCGCUUGGAAUUGUGAAUUCCUCUGCGGAUUCACCACGGGGAGAUCCGCUGCAGCUGCACUGACUGUAAGAAGAGUUUCAAGCUGUCCUGGUCCUCAAAGCACCUGCGAAUUCACACAGGCGAGACCCCGUACAGAUGGAGCGAAUGUUCUCUUGGAUUCAAAAGAAAGGACGAUGGAACCAGUUCAUGUUACAGAAGAGGGUGUGGAGUGGAAACACUCAGCAAAACCAAAGCAGUUUAAACAGCAGACACAUGAUGUUCAAAACCACAAGGAGACUCCUGCUCUACAAUCUGACUCCACUGCAGAGGAUAUCAGCGAUCUAGGAUCCCUCCACAGUAAAGAGGAGGUCAUUGAUCCUGAACUGGAAGCUGCGUGCAUUACAGAUGAGACCACUGAGCCCGUCCUGGAAUCUGACCCAUUUGCAGCUGAUGUCAACGAGCUGGGAUCUGGGUACAAUUUACGGGAAGUCCCUGAACAUAAGAUAACAUUGGAUAUGGACCAAGAACCUCAAUCUAAUCCCUGUCCCCACUGCCAGUUCUCUUUCUAUGAGGAACACCUUGAGAAGCAUAUAAAGGACACCCACCCAGAACAGAUUCCCGCUGCAGACUCCCCGUGCAGCUGUUCUGUAUGUGGGAGGAGUUUCAGUCGUCCAUACUCCCUUAAAGAACACCAGCGAAUUCACACAAGAGAAACGCCCUAUCACUGCUCUGAGUGCGAUCAGAGCUUUGGUCGGUUAUUUUCCUUCAAACGACACCAGCAGCUUCACAGAGACGAGGCCCCAUUUCACUGCUCCGAUUGUGGGAAGAGUUUCCGUGAGUCAGAAAACACCGGCAAAUUCACACUGGAGAGGCACCUUAUCACUGUACUGAGUGCGGGAGCAGUUUUCGCGAGGCUGGAUCUCUUACAACUCACAAGCGCAUUCACACAGGAGAGAGGCCCUAUCACUGUACUGAAUGCGGGAAAAGAUUUCGAGUGGCAUGGUCCCUUCAAGCCCACCUGCGAAUUCACAAAGGAGAGACUCCCUUUCUUUGUGGCGAGUGUGGAAAAGGUUUUAGGCUGUCGGGACACCUUAAAAAGCACCAGCGAAUUCACACCGGAGAAACACCAUAUCGCUGUACCGAAUGUGGAAAGAGCUUUAGAGAAUUAGGACACCUUAAAACACACCAGCGAAUUCACACAGGCGAGACGCCUUAUCACUGUACAGAGUGUGGGAAGGGGUUCAAGCAGUCUGGGACACUUAAAAAACACCAACGAAUUCACGCAGGAGAGAACCCUCCAGCACUGCACAGGCCCUAAGGAUUCUACUAGAAAAGCCCAAUAUUAAUAAUGAGAGAUUAUUUUAGAUUUGUUAUAGGACGAUACGAUUUUUGUCUUGUGGCUCACCUGCCAUGAAGUCUUUCUGUGCUACUGCUAUAUGAAAAGUAAAACACAUACAUUGAACUAUUCCUUGAUUUUUCAAUUCUUUGUUAUUUGUUGUGUGUGUUUUAGUCUGUCAACCUGUUUAUGGUGUUUCGGACAGUGCUUGUGCUGAUCAGUCUCCAUUCUUCUAUAUGACCGGGUUGAAGGUUAUCAGAAACACAGUGUAGGAAUAAGCUUCAUUUUUAUAAGGAUGUGUGUGUGUGUUUGAAUGCACAUUUCUACAGUUGUUAGUUUUGUAACCUGUUUCAUUGUGUAACUGUCUUUGAGUGGGUCACUGUUUUCUGGGAGGUGUGCUUAUCUGAAGAUAGGGUGCUUGUUCUAGGGAACUUGCAGAUAAGCCAAAAUACCAUAUAUGCUAGUAAAUGUAGACAAUGCUGGGUACUGAGAUAAGAACAGGAUUGACAGGUGAACUCCAAGGCUGACCGCACACAAGAAUGUUAUAAGGGGGGGGGG